ACCAGCAGGAGGGGAGUGGAGGAGGAGGAGGACUUUUACCAACCUCAGCGAUACCUCAGGUGUUGAAACGGAGCAGGUGAGGAGGAUUAGCUCCGCCCCCUCACCAUGACAGACUUGGAGAGUGAGUGCCUGAGCCUGGGCCUGCCCCCCGAAUGCGGCUCGCCUCCCCUGCCGCUGGACUCCUCCCUGCAGGUGGACUGCGGUGCCGGGCCCGUCGGCUCAACCCCGACGCCCACUCUGGCCCUCCUCUCCUCCGACUGUCCCACGCCCACGCUCAGUUCACUGGCGGCGGAGAUCGCAGAGCCGCUGGUGAUGCUGCCGUGCGUGAAGAGCGAGCCGGAGGACUGUGACCUGGAGCCCAUCAGGACCGUGGACCUGUCAGAGAUCCAGCCGCUGUCCACCGCCGAGCUGGGCCAGGACCAGAUCAAGAUGGAGAUCAGUGGCCUCGACUACAUCAAGUCUGAGCACCACGGGAACCACCACCUGGGGCCGUUUCACCACAGUGACGUAACAGAGCUGGACUACAAGUUGCACUACGAGCCGAGCUCAGUGUUCGACUACAUCUCCCAGGUCACUGACACUCUGGAGUACAUCAAGUCGGACCACCACGUGGACCUACAGUGUUACUACACCACCGAUCUGAGCGCGCUCAAGUCGGAGUACCCCGAGACCAACGCCAUGUCCGCCCACCUGCAGCACAACGGCCUCGAGUCCAUCCACAUGGCCGAGCUGCGCACGGAGCUCAACAAGCUGCGCCCCGACUCCCUGCACUUGGACAGCAUCGGCAAACCGGACGCUGAGUUCGGAGGGGGGGCGCUGUACGAGCUGCAGCCCACACACGUGGGGAAGUCCUCCACAGAGGCGAUGAUGGCGGCAGGAAGGGCAGGAGGGAGUCUGGUGGUCACGACUAAAACACAGAGCCCAACGGUGAGGAAACCUCGCAACAUGCAGGGUGAAAAACCAUUCUCCUGCACGCAGUGCGGGAAAAACUUCAGCACGCUGGGAAACCUGAAAACGCACCAGCGCAUACACACGGGCGAGCGGCCGUACACCUGCUCACAGUGCGGCAAGAGCUUUGGCCAAGCGGGCAACCUCAAGCGGCAUCAGCUCAUCCACACAGGCCAGAAGCCGUACGUCUGCGCCCACUGCCCCAAAGGCUUCACCAAAGCCGACGACCUGCGCUCACACCAGCGGCUGCACACCGGCGAGCGCCCGUUCAUCUGCACCACCUGCGGCAAGAGCUUCAGCCAGUCCAAGGAGCUGAAGGCGCACCACCUGAGCCACACGGGCGAGCGUCCGUACUGCUGCCAGCACUGCGGCAAGAGCUUCACCAAGGAGACGAGCUACCGCAACCACGUCCAGAUCCACACCGGCGAGAAGCCCUUCACCUGCUCGCAGUGCGGAAAGACUUUCAGCAACUCGGGCGUCUUAAAAACCCACGAGAAGAUCCACACGGGCGAGCGGCCGUUUGGCUGCACGCAGUGCGGGAAGAGCUUCGGCCGUCUCGGCCACCUGAAGGCGCACCAGCAGAUCCACACGGGCGAGCGGCCGUACGCCUGCCCCCAGUGCGGGAAGACUUUCAGCCAGUCGGGCCACCUCAAAGCACACGAGCAGAUCCACAAGCGAGAGCGAGCGGACACGGCGAGCACCAGCAGUGACGGCGGCAGCAGCGCCGUGGGCAGUGACAGUAGCUAACUGCAAACCCUUUAACCUCCGGAAAAACAAAGUAUUAUUCCUUUUUUUUUUUAUAAAUACGAUAUAUAAA